AUGGCCGCCAACAGCGAGCCCGACCCGACGCGGCAGCAGGAAGAGGAAGACGAGAGCGAUGUCCGAGACGUCGAAGAUGGACCGACAGAAUCAUCGCCACUGCUGCCACGACAUCUCACACAUAACGAUCAGAGUCAGCCGCAUCGGGAACAAUCCGCUACAUCUUCCCUCAAAUCCGUCCUCGGCAAGAAUGGCAAGCCCAGAUGGCCCAGCUUGAUCGCAUUGCUGCUGUUAUGUGUCUUAGCAGCACUGAUCAUCGUUUUCGCAUUUGUCGCGCCGGCGGCCGUGGAGCAGUAUGCCGCACAAGCUGUGGUGUUCGAGCCUACCAGCCUAUCGAUCGAGUCGUUCACCGCAACUGGAGUCCGAGCAAGAGUGCAAGGAACCUUCAAACUGGACUCGUCAAGAGUAGAAAAACAGCACGUGCGCAACCUGGGCAAGUUCUGCACUUGGAUAGCGAGAGAGGCGGAAACUGGAGAGAGCGAUGUGCGAGUAUCGCUGCCAGAAUACGGAAACGUGCUGCUGGGUACAGCUCAUGUGCCUCCCAUCAAAGUCUACCUUCGAGAUCAACACAUCACGGGGGUCGAUUUCCUUGCCGACUUGGAGCCAGGAAAUGUAGAUGGCAUUAGAAGGAUCGCAAAUGAUUGGAUUGAUGGAAGGUUAGGUCGGCUGCGAGUGGUUGGCAAGGCGAGCGUACCCAUCAAGAGUGGCUUGAUCAGCCUCGGAAGGCAAAUUGUCAAGCAGGAAAUGCUCUUCGACAACAAAGACACUCCGACACUACCAGCAUACAAGUUGCAGAAGCUGAACCUGAGAGAAGUGGAGAUACCAAGUGGAACUGGCAUGGCAGCGGAUGUGUCGUUGCAAGUGCAUAAUGAUUAUCCGGUCGACCUCGCUGUUCCUCCGCUGGGCUUUGGAAUACUGGUCGAUAACUGCGAGAAGAGUGACCCUUACAUCAUGGUGGCGGAUGCAUUGACACAUGAAUUGAACAUUCACCCGAAGCAAGACGUGGAAGUCAACGUCACCGGCAUGGUUCGCCAACUUCCAUCUGUCCUGACGGAAGAUUGUCCAGGCACAAGCGAGUCGCCGCUUGACAACCUCAUCGCACAUUACAUUCACGGCAAGACGACCACAGUCUACGUGCAAGGCUCAGACUCGUCAUCGCUAGACACUCCUGAAUGGAUCACCGACCUCAUGAAGGACAUCACAGUGCCAGUACCCAUACCGGGACGGACGUAUGGAGAUUUGAUCAAGAAUUUCUCUUUGACCGAUACGCAGUUCAGCUUGCCAGAUCCGUGGGCAGAACCCGACACGCCUGAGUCCAAUCCACGAAUCAGCGCCAAAGUUCGUGCUCUGGUUGCUCUACCAGAAGAGAUGAACUUCAACAUCUCUGUCGCCAAAGUAAAGGCCGAUGCAGACGUCUUCUACAAGGGUAAGAAGAUUGGUCGGCUUGACCUGAAUAAAUGGCAAGCGGCAAACAGCACUCGUGUGCCACCAGAAUCUGAAGAAGACGGCCCUACGCUUGAGGUGGAGAGCCUUGUUAAAGAUGCACCUUUGGAAAUCCAGGACGAAAACGUCUUCACAGAUGUCAUCCAGGAACUCCUGUUUGGCGGUAAGACGGUCAUCAUGACUAUCAAAGCUGAAGUUGAUGUGGGCGUUGCUACGGCGUUGGGGGAAUUUGCGAUUCGAAAGAUACCCGCUGAUGGCCAGGUGCCAAUUAAGCAUCUGCUCGGGGGCGUAAAGCCUAAGCUCGUGGAUGUCAAUAUCAGCAACACAACGGAGACAUCUCUCACCAUCGACGCGAAAGUCAACGUGACCAACCCUACCCCAUACUCCGCUUCGAUUCCCUACAUCGACAUCCACAUCCUCAAAAACGGCUCUCUCCUCGGCCACGCCACCGCCCACAACCUCACCAUCACAACCGGCCGCAACUCCUUCCUAGAAGUCACAGCAAUUUACUCCCCUCUCGACUCCGGCGGCAAACCCGCCAAAGAAAUCGGCCGAAACCUCAUCUCCCAAUACAUAUCCGGCUGGAACACAACCCUCACCUUCCGCACCCACGAAAAAACCUUCCCAUCAAACCCCAAACUCGGUCGAGUACUAAGCCACUUCCCCCUAGAAAUCCAAGCCCCCAACCUCUCCCCCCAACCCCCAAACCAAGAUCCCGAAGAAGGCGGCGGCGGCGGCGGCGGUGCUCACAACUUCAUAAAAGACGCAACAAUGCACCUCCUAACCUCCACCGCCACUUUCGUGUUAUUCUCCCCCUUAACCCACUCCACCCUCAUAAUCUCCUCCCUCAACGCAACCGCAAUCUACGAAUCCUCCGACGUCGGCGAAAUUUUCUACGACAUCCCUUUCGCCGUCCCUCCGGUCGCGGAAACUCCAGACCACCAAGGUUUUCUCACGCCGAGGUUACCUGUGGAUUGGAGUUUGGGGAGUGUGGGGUAUGAGGCUGUCAAGAAGGCGUUGGGAGGGACGUUGAAAUUGAAGGCGAAGGCCGAGGUUGGGGUGAAAUUGGGGAGGUGGAGGGAAAAAGUUUGGUUUGAGGGGGGUGGGUUGGGGGUUAGGAUUCGGUUGUGA